CUUGACAAAACUUGCUGGACUAAUUGUGGUGUAACGACACAUUAACCCGGAAUAUUGGACCAAGGAAGAGAGUAUUUUUAUGACUGGACAGGGAAUUUUAUAUCGGAACGAUGAAAGGUGAAUUAAAUAUACAUCGGGUGAUCAGAAGACAACCUGUCUUGUUCAGGACCCAACGCACGCUAUAGGCAGUCCGUGAGUGCUCGGUUUACCCUCUAAUUCGUGAAGUCAGGAGUAGCCUAACUUUGAAAUCUUUGUUCUACUGGUCGGUUUUGAAAACUUCUAGAAUCGCCUGUUGAGUUGAAUGUGAGUUCUUGUGUGCGCAAUAUAUGUGAGUCACUUGGAGAUACCCGGCGGGAUGGAGCUGUGAUAGUGUGGCGAUCCCCGCGGCAGCGUCGGUCUGGGGGGAGCCGUUGAUGGAGGUUCUACGCGGGACCUGCUAGGAUGGACGUGGUUGAUGAAACGGAAGCCUUACAGAGAUUCUUCGAAGGUCAUGAUAUUAACAGCUCUCUGGAGCCGGCCAACAUCGACACCAGUAUCCUGGAGGAGUACAUCAGCAAAGAGGACGAUAGCACUGACAUCUGUUUCUCGGAGGUCCACAGCACCCCAGGUCAAGUGUACCCCUCCCCCCAGCCCGGGGGUUCCUCUGCUGGGGGAGCGCUGUGUGGGGUGAGCCCCCCCAUUCCCCUCCGCCAGGGCCAGGCAUCCCAGCAAGGCUUGCCCCCACCCGCGCCUCCCUGCCAAACACCCUACCCUCCCCCUCCCCCUCUCGGCCUGCUCAGGCACAACUACCCCUACCUGGGUCAGCAGAACCAGCAGCAGCAACAGAACCAGAGUCAGAACCAGAACCAGCUCAAACCGGAACACAGAGCACUCUACGCCCCUGGGACACUCCCUGAGUCGCCUCCGGACUCCAGCUCCGAGCCGUACUCCCCCCAGCAAGUGAAUGAUCCACACAUGCUCAGAACCAUGACCCCUGAGAACAUGUGUCACAUGACCCCGCCACCCCCCAUGCCCCCGCACCCCCACUAUCCCAACAUGCACCGGGACAUGUACCUGAAGCCAGAGCCCAUGAUCUCCCAGUACUCCAUGGGUCCUGCCGGGAAUGGGGGCGGAGACAUGCAACAGAGCCAGAUGCUCCACCAGCUCCUGCAGCAUCCACAACAAGGACCAGAGGUGUCGUGUGUCCACAGUGGAAUCCCGGUUCACCAGGCGAAGAAGAGGAAGCACUCUGACUCCCCCAACAGCACGCUCAACGCCCAGAUCCUCUCUGGCAUCAUCAAGCAGGAACCAGAAGGUCUAAUGCAGGAUGGGGAGAGCUCCUACCUGGACCCCAACUACCAGUGCAUCAAAUGGCAGCCCCACCAGCAGAACAAGUGGGCCUCCCUGUACGACGCCAAUGGCAAAGAACUUCCUCUGCCCACGUACAGAGUGGAUGCAGAUAAGGGCUUUAACUUCUCACUGGCUGAUGAUGCCUUCGUCUGCCAGAAGAAGAACCACUUCCAGGUCACGGUCUACAUCGGGAUGCUGGGUGACCCUAAGUAUGUCAAGACCAGCGAGGGCCUGCAGCCAAUCGAAUGCUUUUACCUGAAGCUCAAUGGCGUUAAGCUGGAGGCCAUGAACCAGUCGAUUAAUGUGGAGCAGAGCCAAUCAGAUCGCAGCAAGAGACCCUUCAAACCCGUGCUAGUGACGUUACCUCCAGAGCAGGUCACUAAGGUGACAGUGGGUAGGCUGCACUUCAGUGAGACCACGGCCAAUAACAUGAGGAAGAAGGGCAAACCCAAUCCUGACCAGAGGUACUUCAUGUUGGUGGUGGCUCUUCAGGCCCAGGCUCACAGCCAGAGCUUCACGGUGGCGGCACAGGUGUCCGAGAGGAUCAUCGUCAGGGCGUCCAACCCAGGUCAGUUUGAGAAUGACAGCGAGGUGCUGUGGCAGAGGGGUCAGAUGCCCGACUCAGUGUACCACCACGGCAGAGUGGGCAUCAACACGGAUCGCCCGGACGAAGCCAUGGUCGUCCACGGCAACCUGAAGGUGAUGGGCUCGCUGGUGCACCCUUCAGACAUCCGGGCCAAGGAGAACGUCCAAGAGGUUGACACCACAGACAACCUGAAGAGAAUCUCUAUGAUGCGGCUGGUGCAGUAUCAGUAUAAGCCCGAGUUUGCUGCCAGCGUGGGCAUAGACAACACUGCAGAAACAGGAGUGAUAGCUCAGGAGGUGCAGCAGAUUCUCCCUGAGGCCGUGAAGGAGGGAGGAGACGUGGUGUGUACCAAUGGAGAGACUAUCCCCAACCUACUGGUGGUCAACAAGGACCGCAUCUUCAUGGAGAACGUGGGGGCAGUGAAGGAGCUGUGUAAGCUGACUGAUAAUCUGGAGACGCGCAUCGAUGAGCUGGAGCGCUGGAGCCGCAAGCUGGCCAAGCUGCGCAGGCUGGACAGCAUGAAGAGUACCAUCAGCGGAGGCACCGUCAGCCAAUCAGGGAGCCAGUUCAGUAGGACAGGGAGUGGACCCUUGAAGAAAAAAACUGCAAAAAAUGGAGGCAAGAGCCCCACCCCAGAGUCUGGCUGUGUGAGUCAGCGUUUCCUGCAGGGCACCAUUUUGGCUCUGGUAGUCAUCAUGGCCUUCAGUGUGAUCUCCAUGUCCGUCCUAUACGUGUUGAACCUGCAUCAUCACGCGUCAACCACCCACAGUAGUGGCGGGACAAGUUCAGCUCGAGGUUCUUCUCGAAAUGCCAUCUACUCCCCCAGAACCCUUCCCUCCAGGCCACCAGGCACCUCUCCUCCGUCCACUUCACUGUCCAAUCAUGCGGCUACAACCGCAGUCACCAACCAAUCAGCAACAAGCGUGUCACCCAGCACCAACCAGUCCACUACAGAUAUCAGCAUGGCGUCUCCGACCCAGCCCAGCAUCAGCAAGAAGGCCAAGUCUCGGCCCCUGGACAAGGCGGGGAGGAACCGGCUGGGCCACACCUCCAACCCCCUCUUCCUCAGCAAGACCAAGAGGCCCCCGCCUCCUGACGUCAACCGGCUGCCUGGGGGGCAGCCCCCACCACCACGCAGACAACGCAGUCCACACACUGCAGAGGGUCAAAACAGCACUCCCUCAAUCAGUUUGCUCUACAUCCUGGAAACAGAUCAGGAAAUAACCACAAAAACCUGUCCUACACCAAAUGACUGCAGGGCUGGACAGUACAGCUUCACUGUGCCACUGCAGAAAAACGUCUCCUCCUCCAUGUCACAUGUGACCUUACACAUGAUCUCCGAGGAGAGUGUGUGUGUUCAGCAGUGCAGUGUGACUCGAGGCCGCUUGUGUCCAGACCACACUGGGACAAUGCUGCCCCCCAGACAGGAGACCAUAACAGAGGGCACUGAUCACCUCUGGUCCAUCCCUAUACUUUCAUUUCAAGAUGUCACCUAUCAUUUCCGGGUCUCUGCAUCUGGCGCGGUGAGCUGCAGCAGUGAGGAAGAGGAGGGUGUUAACGAAGAAGACGAGGUCUCGUCACCGUUCUCUGAUUACUACUUCCUCAUACAGACAAGCUGCCCCUGAGGCAAAGAGAGGAGUGCCUGUAUAGUUCUCUACUUAACAAUGUACACUUCUUUUUUCUUUCCGUCUGUUUUUUUCUAUCAAUCUAUCAUUUUCGAUCUAUCAUUCACUCAUUUAUUAGAGAAGUUAUUUUCUUUCUCUUUUUUGGUGAUAGCAUGAUCAGUUCCACACUAUGACCCUUCACAUUAGACUCCUGCUGUGCUCUCUAACAGAGUGCAGCAAUAUGACCACCACCCCCCCAAAAAAUGUGCGUACGCGCGCGCGCACACACACACACACACACACACACACACACACACCCUUAACACUCCACCCCAUCCUUGACAGAACUAGUCAAAUCCUAAAUAUAAACAGGUAGUUUAUAUUACUGUUAGCUGUGUGUGUG